AUGACUAGUUCAAUGCUUCUCGUUCAAACAGUCAGUCAGAGGACAAUUCGUUUUCUAUCGAGACGCGUUUAUCGAUUCGGUAAGUGCGAGUACGUUUACGUUGAUGAGUUGCAAUCGUGGUAUGUGGCAGAAGAGAAGUGUCAAGAAUGGGGAGGUCAUCUGUGGAACGCUUCAGACACGUUCGAAAGAGUUUUCGUUUCAGGUGAACCAAAUAAUGGUAAUCACAAUGAAAACUGCAUUGAAAUGGGUCCAGACGGUACGUGGAUGGAUUCAUUUUGUUCGGCAGCGAGACACUACAUUUGCAAGAGGACGUGA